AUACAUCCCGAUGGAAUUUGUGAACUGAUGAAUCCCGAAGUUUAUCCAGAAGAUAGUGGCCUGUACAAGUGCACAGCCACUAAUCCUCAUGGAACUGCAGAGACUGCUGCAUACAUCAAUAUUCAGGGUCCCAUCGACUACUCUAAAGGUACUGAAGACGGUUCGGCAAGCGCCGAGUCAGCGAUGAUGCCAGAGGAGCCGCCGAAGUUCGUCGAGAAACUGACCGCUGAGACAGACGGCGCUUACGAUCUAAACUACAUCCGACUGAUUUGCAGAGUGAAAAGCUUUACCCGUGCCACAAUCACGUGGUGGAAGAAUGAUGUACAGCUCAUACCUGGUGAGAAGUACGAACUUCACGAGUUCUCUGACGGUGCUCUCAUUCUGACGAUUCAUUCGCCUACUCCUUCCGACAAUGGCAUUUACACCUGCAAAGCGGAAUCAGAAAAUGGCUUGAGCAGUACCAGCUGUGAAGUGAUCGUUCCCACUAGGACGAUAACAACAGAGAAAGUGAGUGAAACUCAAACAGAAACGGAAACAAUCACGGAGACCGUCGAUCAUUCUUCAUUUGAAAUAACUGAGACCAGUAAGGAAGACUUCAUAGCCACCACAGAAAUCACCAAACACGAAGAAGAGUACAAGUUGCUUGUGAAAGUGGCGGAAAAUGUGGCCAGUGCUCUUGUCGCCAAUGUGUUCGUAGAUGCAGUACGUGAAGCUGUGAAGAAGAUUAUGGAGGAGGAGAGCGAGGAGGAAGAAAUUGAAGUGACAAAUGCACCACGAUUCGAAACCUGCAUUGAGCGGUACGUGGUCAAGGAGAACGACACCGUCACGAUUAGCACAGUGGUUACGGGCGAGCCUACACCGUUCAUCGAAUGGAUAUCGCUGGCUAAGUAUGAUAAGCGAGAAGGCAGUGAACAGCUGAUCACGAACGUCCAUGCAUAUCAUACUGAUGAACUACAUGAGCAAUCGAUUGGAGUACAUGUUCCCGAAAAGGAGAGCGUAUCUGGGCGAUGUUCUGCAAUCCCGAGCCGUUCGGAAAAGAUUGCAGAGAUGCCACCCGAACAGAUCCAGAAACGAGCUCUCGAACAAAGUUCAUCUCAGCAGGACUCUGGAACUGUGCAGUCUGCUGAGGAGCCUUCAGUUGUUGUUCGACCAUCCGAGCAGCCGGCAGUUGAUGUCCAACCUACUGAGCAACCUCCAGCAGAACGAAAGGUUCGAUCAGUGGCGGUCAAGUUUGCGGAAAAGUUAACGGAAAACGUCAUGAGCCAAGCUCAGACCGAUCUUCGCAGUUCAGUGCAAAUGGAUGAGUCCACCAUCAGGAUUACCGAAGUUUCAGGGGCGAAGAUACUCGAGAAGGGUGCACAGGAAACUAGUCAAGCUGGAAUGACUACCAUUGACGUCCGCAAACCUGACAUUCAAUUCGAUCAUGUGGUUACGGUAGUCGAACCGGAGGUUGUUCAACUCGGCCUACGGCUUCCAUCGCCCAGCGUACCGUCGAUGAAGUUUAUCGACUUAGAGACGAUCCUUCAACGACCAGGUACUUCAUCUUCAGCCAACACACUGAUUUCAUCGCCUCAACGAGGAGCAGCAAAUGCUGAGCAUCGGAUCGUGCUUCUCGAAGGAAUGUCACAGAAAUUCCACAACGCCAUGACGUUGAGUUUGAAGAAGGUCAAAAGACUUGCAACUGAGUCAGCUGAACCGUCGUCAUUUGUUCAAGUCGAAAUUAUAAAACCAAAUGAAACGAGCGAGGAGGUAUUAACCAUCGUCAACGCAGAAAAACUCAUUCCAGACCUAUUAAGAGUGGCCGCAGCAGCCAGCAAAUUGAAGAUGGAAAAUGUCACCGUAAGUCUCGUAAAACAAGGCGAUGCAGCUCAUCAAGAACUCGUCAUCGAAUAUGAGAGUCAUGUUGAAGAUGCCGCCAACUUCAACCUAUCACAGCUUCUCUAUGAGAGUCCCCUGCGCGAGGUGAGCUCGCGACAAGAGACGUGGUCUCGCCGAUCACGAUUCUCUGAUGUAGACGAGAAUGUGGCGACAGUUUUCAUGGAAGUGGACGCAAACUGUCCUGAUCAGAGUGUGGAAAUCGUGGCGUCGGUGAGCACACCGUUAGAGACCAAAGUAGAUCGAUCUCCAUCAUCUCCAUCUCCAGAAAGGGUAGAGGUGUCUGAGUCCCUGACGGAAUCGUCGAGCGCAACGGUGAUCGGAAGAAGUGCCCAAUUCAAGUGCAUCGUCACCGGAAUGCCGCCACCAGAAGUGGCAUGGUAUGUCGAUGGAGAUGUCAUUCAUUCCUGCCGGGAAUACGAAAUCGUCUACGAGGACGGGGUCUGUAUUCUGCGGAUUAACGAGGCAAUGGCUGAAGACGAAGGCGAGUACUCAUGUGAGGCGAAAAAUUCAGCUGGCAAAGCGGUUACAAAGUGCUACCUCAAAGUUCUCAAAGACGAACCACCAACGCAACCAUCGCGACGCUUUAUUCAGCAUGUUCCAUCGGUAGUCGAGCUAGUCGAUGAUGAUGCCGCGGAUUCGUUCGAUUCGUUUGAGUGGGAGGAGAACAAGGCCAACAAGCUCUUUCCUUCCGAUACCGACUCGUUUAAGGGCUCUUCCAUUACUUACCAUUCGGAGUUUGACCUUUCUAGAAUUGUCAACUAUAACGAGGACAUGGAGGAGACCAACGCUUUUCACAGAUAUUUUGAUACUGCCAUAGUCGGAAUUACAAUAAUGGAACGGGAGCAGCGUGAACGAAUUUAUGCUUCGUUUUUAAGCAGACCAGCUGCAAGUGCUCAUGUGAACCUCGUCAUUCCUAAGCCAGCAUCAUACAGUUCGGCAGCACAUCUUUUUGCUAUACCAUCAGUUCAUAUCACUCACGCCGAUAUUUUGGGACCCCUCGAAAAGACGGAAGUUGAGCAGAUGACAGGAAAGCAGUAUGAAGAAGAUCCCAAAAAAACAGAACAACCUCGUGAGCCUGACUUACCUCUGAAAAUGUCGUACAAAGGGCAAGAAAUAGCUAUUUCAGUAAAUGAGAUAGAAAAAGAGGAAAUGAUCCUGAAUAAAGUCGGUGAAAUAGAAAUCUCCAAGAAAACCUGUGUGGAGACCUCGCUUGACUUCGAUACCGAGCUGGAUAUCACGCAAUCGAUCAGAAAAAUCCGUAACGCUUUGCCUGACCAGACCGGUGACCUUGAUCAUGUAACAGGGCAUCGAUUUGAGCAAAACACUUCUUCCCAUGAAAUGUCGAUGACUCUCAGCCCGAAGGCCAAGCAUGAGGAUUUGAGUUUGAAAAUACAGCCCUCUCAAGGGCCGAGAUUGCCAGAUAGACCUCGCGCACAGUCAGCCAAACCGAUGCCUCGUCUUUUUGGAGACACAGGAAAGUCAGUUUCUGAAGGAGCUGCAAAAUUGGAAUCAAGCAUGUUUGAUCCUGAGUUUCUCAGUAAAAUGAAGGAAAUCGAGCGAAUCGCUCGCCAGGUGGACGAAGAACUCGGCCAACUUUCCUCGUCUCCUCGUCAUAAAGGUUCACCUCCUGAAGACGUGAAAGAGAUUGAGGAAGCAAUUUACAAAAUAUCUGAUCAGCUCAUGCUCGCACGUCCCAUAACAGAAGCUCAGGCAGAAGCAAAUGAGGAGUUACUCAGAACCACUCUCGCAGACAUGAUUUUGAAUCCUACGAGGACCGCUGCAGAGGAGCUCGAGCUUAUGAAACGUCCCAUACAACUGUUGAAGCGAAAAUUAUCCGAUCUGGAAAACUCUCUCUUGGAAGACGCAGAGGUGACGGAUAUUACUGAACAUCCUUGUGUUGCCACAGAGACAGCUAUUCUCACAGGGGAGACACCCCCGAUUUUGAGAUCUCAGACGGGCCCUCGAGCUCGAAUUCCGAGCGCCGAUUAUUUAAGGGUGACACCACUCACGUCAAGCAUCAAAGAUCAGUUGUCUAGUCUUGAAAAAAUGAUUACCGAUCAUAUGAACGGCGAAACUUCAGAUUCUACCGAAGAAGCGGCAGAAUCUGAAGUACAGCCACUAAUUAAAAGUGGUAAUCAUAAAAAGCACGAGUUACACGAUCUAUUCGUACAGAUCAACAACGAAAUAAACACAAUCAAAACCUACUGCCGUACGCAGCUGUCAAAGAAGGGCACGGAUGCGGUGAUGAACGUCCUUCAUAAGGUUCGCACUCAUGUGGCAAGCAUUGUGAAUGUGAUGUCACUAUCGAAGAAGAAGCACCCUAAAGCUAAUCGCAAGCACACUACGUCUGUCACUAGGGAGUUCGACCUCGAACGACCUGUCGUGGAACACCAGAUUACGGCGGUAGUGAUGGCGAAGUCAUUUUCAAUGGAUUCUGAUUACCACAAAUCGUCCACCGCUGCUUCUACAAGUGACGAUACAUGGAGGUACUCCACAGAACUGAAAAGCUCCUGGAAAGGAGUUCUUCGGAAUGAUGUUGACGAAGAGAGCGAGCCGCCAUUAAUUGCAACCGUUGAAUCCACCACGGAGGAGGAAGCGCCUGCUCCCGUCGCUCCACCGCGACGUCGCCGAACCCGCAGUGAAAACACAGAAUCAAUAGAACCUCCAACUAGGCCUCCAAGAAAAGUUAAGGAUCUCAGGAAACGAGAUCUCUCGCUAGACGAUAGACUCACUUCAAAACGUGCAACGGACACAAUGAAACCGGCAGAUAUCCGACGUCCACCCGAAAGAGACAACAGUUCUCCCAGUAAAACAAUAAAGUCCUUCGCUGGAGACACAAUUGACAUGCUGAGGAAUUUAGGCUGUGUACGAGCCCAAAAAGGUGAUGCGGAUGACUUGGAAAAAUCACUCCUAGAGGAGCUUAGCCAGAUGGCUGUGUCCCAAUCUAAAGAAGAAGUCCUGUCGGAAACCGAAUGGGUUCAAUCAGAGUUGGAGCAGUCGUUAAAGAGAGCAGCACAGAAGGCCCAGGCCCUGAGUAAGAGUGACGAAGAACAGGAACUUGAGCCCAUUUCCAUAUAUGAAACAACGGCAGAUGCUCCCACUAAAGAUGAAGCUUCUUUCAUGUCAAAACUGGAGGAAACGGUUCCACUGAAGCCAGAACAGGCCGUGGAUAUCAACUAUGCAGGAACAUCACUUUCUGCGGCAUAUCUUAAGCUCUCUGAGGCCACUGCAGCUUUGGAGAUCCCACUAACUAACGUGAUGACAGCAUCAGGUGACGUCGGGAUUGACGAUGGUGUGAGCUCGGUGCAGCUGAUCUGUGAAGAGUCAGACUACACCACCGACACGGACACAUCAGCUCUUCUGAAGGGAACUGUUCAAUUUUUCAACAGAUAUUCACCCAAAGAUGCGACACCACAGUCUGUCUCCUCUUUGAGUGUAUCCCAAAGGAAUUCAAAAAUAAUGCCUGAACUGACUGAAAAAGACGAAUCAGUUGAUAUCGAUGUCAAUAUUGAGUUCCAUAACUCCGAAACUAAUGAAAAAGAGGAUGUAGAACUACUGUAUACGGAAGUGAAAGUGAUGACGAAGAGUGACGAAAAGGGCAAAAGUUUUCGAUCAUCCAUUUACGACAGCCAUGAUCCAUCCCUCGAGAAAGAAUCUGUCUCGGAAGAUACCGAUCACCUUGUGCUAGAGGAAGCUCAUCUCUCUCAAAUGGUGUCUUCGGAAUGGACAGACGACACCGAUAGAAUGACACCGUCGUCAAGGACGGCUAUAAAAGAGACGGACAUCCUUAGCGACGACUCGGUGAUCACGGAGAUUGACCGCUCCAUAUUAGACAACGCUGAAGGAACAUUCACCUUCUUCCGGGCUCGAGAGAAAAAGGCUGUGAUUGCCGUAGUCUACCCAGAUGUGAGGUUGUUUGUUAGUGCACGAGUCGCCGAGAACACCUUUGACAUAGAAAUCCAACAAGAGCCUGAGUGUUUGGCAUUAGUAAUAAGGGUGAUUGAAGAUCAGGUGAAUUUCACAUCAUUGACCGUGAUGGAGUUCACUUCUCAGCAGUUAAGUGCUCAAAGAACCUUCGACGAACUGGAUGAGGCCAGCUCGCUUGAAGAUAUCGAUGGUGACAGUCGCACUGGAAUCACUGUGUCGAUUGUCGCUAGGAGUUUACAUGACGGCAUUUACGCCUCUCUCGAAGAAAUCCCUUGGGGAGAAGUCGAGAUGACUCUUCCUGAGUGCGAAAACAUGGGGAAAAGCAUAGAGGAUGAGUCAAAGACGUCCCUUCAAUUCAAUGUCACUGUGUCCGAGACGAACCCCGAUGAAAGGAAAUCGAUUCGUUCUCAGGCUUCGAUGGAACUGUCUCAGAACACCGUUUCCGAGGCAGACAACACCUUAAGCACCGGAAGUAUUAACAUACCAAGUUAUGUGAUCAAAAUGGGAUCAACUGCAACAAUCACCUGUGAGCUAAACAAUUACCUUCCGCCAAACAGCAAAAUAGACUGGUAUAAAGGCUCAACUCAAGUGGUGACCUGCCCAGGAAAGCUGGACAGGAUCAGCCACGAUCUUCUCGAAGUGCUCAUCAUUAACAAUAUUGAAAUGGAAGACAACGAGUUGUAUAGUCUCAAAGUAAACGACGACAUCUUCCCAGUGGCCUAUUUGAUUGUGGAAGCGCCAUCAGCAGAAGAG